AUGUUCUUUACAUAAACUAAAUUUCAUAAACUCAGUUCUUAAAAAGACUUAUUGAUUAAGAUAUAAGAGUUUGAAAUCAACACCAAUUUUGAUUCUCCAAGAACUUAAAAAGCAUUAUUAAAAAUGAAUAAGACUAAAUAUGACUUUAGAAGGAAGUAUAAGAUAGUAUUCAUAUUAAAGGAAUAAGUUUGAAAAACAUAAUGAAUUAGAAUAUAGAAAUAAAAGGAACAAUAAAUCUUUGGAUUAAUAGUCUCUUGAUUUCGAAUAUGAAACUUAUUUAGAAUAAUUAUUAAGUAUUCGCAUAAAUGAAAAUUAGAUGAUUAUAUUGAACUGAAAGAGUAAAGAAAAUAAAUAAAAGAAUGGUUUUUAAAUAAAUAAUAAGAAGAAGAUGAAUUACGUGGUUAUGAACAUAUACCAUUUAAUAGUGUUUAAUCAACAAAUACAUUUCCAUAUUAAACCAUAACAAUCGAAGAUAAAAUUGGCAAAAUAAAUUAAGAAAGAUAGAGAUAAUUAAGUUUAAAUAAUGCUGAAGUGAAAGAUGAAUUGCUAUUUGAAUUAGAUAGAAGACAGUGGGAAUAAGCAUCCUUAGAAAGAAGAUAAAAAAAUGCAUAAAUAAGAUCAGCAAAAAUUAUGGAAAUCAAAAUUAAAGCUUAGGAAUAAAAUAAGAGAGCUAAAAAUAAAUGUGAAAAAUAGAAAAAAAUUAAAGAAGAAUAAAUAGAAGUAGAUUUAGCUAAGACAAAAUAAAUUUAAGAUAAAUUGAAUUAAAAGUACUUUUAUUAAUUUAUACUAGAGAUAAUGAAAUAUCAACUAAAAAAUCAACUAUAAUAAUGGAAAAGAUUGAAAAGAAUAAAAAAUUAGAAGAGAAAAUAUUAUUUAGAAAAACAUUAUUAAAACAUCAAUAAUCUGAAACUUAAAUUUAAAAUAUUAGAAAAGAAACUCAAACCGAUGAAAAUAGAAUAAAAUCAGUUGAAAGACAAGCAAAAGAUAGAUAAAAUAAAUAAUUGAGAUAUGAAUAAUAAUUAAUUAGAAUUCAUGAAAAAAGUGCAUUAUCUAAAGCUAUUUGGGAAUCUGAAUUGUGUAAUAAUUAUGGAUAAAAAAUGAUAUCAAUAGAAGAAUAAAAAAAAAAGAAUGAGGAUCUUAUAAAGAAGGAAGCUAGUAAAAUGUUUAAGGACAGAAAAGAUAAAUUGAAGAAACAUAAAUAAAAUUUAGAAUUAGUAUAAGAAGAAGAAAAGUACAUUUAACAAUUAUUUUAGAUUAGACAAUGGUAAUUAAAUUUAUAAGAAAAAUUGUAAAAUAAAGAUGAAAUUUCAAUGAAAUUGAAAAUAAAUAAACUAGAAGAAAUGAAAUAAUUAAGAGAAUAAAAUGCUUAAAAUUAAAGAUAAUAAUUGUAGAAAUUAGAAUUGAGAAAAAGAAAUUAAGUAUAUUUGAUUAAUUAUUAUAAGUUUAGUUAAUAAAAUUUAUUGUUGGAGAGAUCUUUAAAUAUAUAAAAGAAAUUGGAAUAAUAAAAAAAUGAUUAAGAAAAGGUUUUAUUUUAUUUAUUGACUUCAAAAAAGAAGAUAAAUUCAGAAAUUAAUAAUAAGUAAUAAAAAUUAAAAUUUAUACAUUAAUAAUCAUCUAAUUAAUUAUUAGAGUAAAAAUCUAUCUUAUAAUUAAAUAGAUAACUGAAAGAACUUGUUCCAGAAACAGAAUUUAUUGAAUUACAAAAGUAAUAUAAAAUAACUAAAAAGCCUCAAACUGCAAAUCCAUAAACUAUGA